AUGAAUGGCCCUCCAAAAGCUGAAGCUCUAGAGCCUUUCAUCUUACAUAGUGCUGAAGCGGAUCAUCCCAUGGUGAAAAAGAUCAAGAGUUCUUGGCAAGCAGUUAUCAGAAAAGAGAAUGGGAACUUGAAAGACGAUCAACAAAAGAAGGACAAAGAGCUUGAAAUCUCCAACAAAAGAGCUAGAGAGUCUGAAGCAAGGAGAGAAAAGUUUGGACAAGCGCUAUAUAGCACUAAAUCUGUGUUCAAAUCAAAGGAAGAGGAGUUGGAUAGAGCUUUACUCCGGAUUCAAAAACUCAACAAGAUUCUGGAACCGACCCUUGAAAUGAAAAGGGAAGCACGACUGAUUUCUGAGAUUCGUACUCGUGAACUGGAGAAUACCAUUCAGAAAUACAAGGAUACUCUGGAACGCGAGAAGCUGAAGACUGAAGAGUCAGAAAGAGUUUGCACACGGCUGAAAUAUCAUUUGGAACGAGCCGAUGCUAGAAUCCAGGCACUUGAAGGUGGGGAUCAGGAUGCUGCCUAUAUGGUGUUGCUAGGUGAAUGCAGAUAUUGGAGAAACCUCUAUAGGGACAUAGAGGAAAGAGGACCAAAGAAAGAAUUGAAGGUUGCCGGACAUGGACUGAAGUUGAAUUCUAGGGUUCCAUUGGCUCUUCCACCACAGAUGGAGAGUUGGGUAUCUAGAUCCGGUUUAGCUUCACUGCAGAGAACGAGUCUGAACAAGAUAGACACAAAUCUUGUCUCUGCAUUUGUGGAAAGAUGGCAUCUAGAGACAUCUUCAUUUCACAUGCCGUUUGGUGAAAUGAGCAUUACUUUAGAUGAUGUCGCAUGUCUACUUCACUUGCCCAUUAGGGGUAUCUUUUGGAGUCCUCAGGAUGUGACUGAAGAGCUAGCUGUUGAACUUGCUGUUGACUACCUAGGAGUGUCACAGAGUCAGGCACAGUCACAUGUUCGGAGCUGCAGGGGGUCGUAUUACAAGUUGGAGUGGUUAUAUGAUAUAUUCGUACAUCAUAGGGCUGCUUCCAGCUGGGCAUAUGCGACUAGAGCAUAUCUAUUGAUGUUGGUGGGUUCCACCAUAUUUGCUGAUAAGACCUUUACACUUGUAGAGGCACGAUACCUCCUCCUGUUUAGGGACUUGGAUGGAUGUUCAGGAUAUAGUUGGGGAGCAGCUGCACUAGUUACCCUCUACCGAUAUCUUGGAGAUGCGUCCAUGUACAGUUGCAAACAGCUAGGUGGAUAUCCUACUCUCCUACAGUGUUGGAUUCACGAGUAUUUUCCAACUGUUGGAAAAAGAGGGGAGAAUUGGAAUCCUGCUGGAAACUGUGGUCUUCCCCGAGCGAUGAGAUGGUCGUAUAGACAGGGAGUCCUGAAGGUCGAUGAUUUACGACCUAUUUUGGACGAGCUGACACCUACCGACGUCAUCUGGCGACCAUUUGAGGAUCAUAGAGCAUGGCGUGUAUUUGAUGAGAUAUGUCUUUACAGGGGCUGUUUGAAGUGGGGUGAAACAGUUGUUCCAUACUUGCCUGAUAGAUGUUUACGUCAGUUCGGGUAUAGGCAGUAUGUUCCAUCCCCACCUCUGGAUUGUAUGAUGGCGACGGAUAUUGAUGUUGAUUGGAUCAGUUACCAUCAGAGUGUUGUCGAUGUGAUCGGUUCAUCUUCCGUGGCCACCACUCCAUCUGAGGUAGUAGACGGUUAUCUGGAGUGGUAUUAUCGUGUUUCCCAUCCACGGUUGGUCCCUCCCCAUCGUGACGCUCCUAGAGAGGUACCCGUUCCUGUAUAUGACGCCGGGCCAUCUGAUCCUGAUUGGGCUCGUGUAUCUACAUUGAUUCGUCGCUAUCUGAGACAGGUUAAUGCUGAAGAGGAAGAUCCACAGUUUUCUGAUUUAUUUGAAGCUUUGCAUAUUUCUCGUUCACAUUGAUUAUAUGUAUUAAGCUUUGAAUAUAAUAGACAUAAUAAUAUAGAUUUCAUGUUUUGAUUACA